AUGUUUGGUUUUGCAGCCCGAAGGACCUUGACGCAGACGCAGACGCCGAGCAUCAUCCGCCCUCGUAUUCUCACCAGCGCAAUGCAUAUCCAGUCUAUUCCCAUGUGGGUGGGCAGUAGCAACAACUACGCCUACCUGGUCAAGGACGACAAGACCAAGGAGGCCUUCAUCAUCGAUCCCGCAAACCCCGAGGAAGUCGCGCCUGUGCUCAAGAAGGCCAUCGAGUCAAAGGACAUUGACCUGACUGCCAUUGUCAACACGCACCACCACUGGGACCACGCCGGCGGCAACAAGAAGCUGCUCCAAGACCUCAACCUCGCCAAGCUCCCCAUCAUCGGCGGCGUCCAGUGCGAGGGCGUCACCAGGACGCCCGCCCACGGCACCUCCUUCCAGCUCGGCAGCAUCGCCGUCAAGGCCCUGCACACGCCGUGCCACACCCAGGACAGCAUCUGCUGGUUCCUGCAGGACGGCGACGACAAGGCCGUCUUCACCGGCGACACGCUCUUCCAUGGCGGCUGCGGACGCUUCUUCGAGGGCAACGCGACGGAGAUGCACAAGGCCCUGAACGAGACGCUCGCGUCGCUGCCUGACGACACGGUUGUCUACGACCCCGAGAUUCACAAGGCAACGGGGGAGAGCGAGCCCGUGGCUGUCAUGGCCAAGCUGCGCGAGAUGAAGAACAACUUCAACAUCGAAGAUUUGAAUGGCAGGUGA